AUGGGGUCUACUGGUAGGAAGGAGAGUGGAGGAAAGCAGCAGCAGCAGCAGCAGCAGCAGCAACAGCAGCAGCAGGAGGAUAUACUGCAGCAGCUGCAGCUGCUGCAGGUGUGCUGCAGUAUAUUUAAUUUGCUGCUGUUUGGAGACACAGGAGACACCAAGGAGUGUACCCUAGGGACACAAGAGGAGACAGGGCCCCUAUUGAGGCCCCUUGUGCUGCAGCUAGCAGCAGCAAAUGAGAGAAAGAGGCAGCAACAGCAGCAGCAGCAACAGCAACAGCAGCAACAGCAACAGAUGCCACUGCUGGAGAGUUUCUUAACUCUUGUAUUACCAUCUGUAUAUGAUUUACUAGAUCAAGAACAAACAUCUGCUGCUGCUGCUGCUGCAGCAGCAGAGACAGCAGCAGCAGCAGUCUCCUUAUCUAUUCGUUUUCUUGCUGCUCCCUUAGAUGCAUUUAUAGGCAAAGAUAUAUUAUCUGCUGUUGCUGCAGCAGCAAAAGCAAGAAGCAGCAGCAGCAACAGCAGCAGCAUGGGGGGCCCCCAAUAUGCGGGGGGGGCCCCGGAAGGGGGGGGGGCCCUUGCUAAUAUGCAUAAAGAAAAGGACCCUGCUGUUGCUGCAUUGAGGGUAUGGGGGCCCCCCCUUAGAUCUAUGCUGCUAUCUGCUGCUGCGUUUGCUGCUGUUUAUAUAAGCAGAGCAGCAGCACAGCUGCAGCAGCAGCUGCUAACUGUUGUCUCCCGUCACCGCGAGCAACUGCAGCAGCAACAGCAACAGCAGCAACAGCAACAGCAGCAGCAGCAGCAGCAGCAGCAGCAGCAGGAGAUAGAAGGAUAUAUUCCCCUUUCCUUAUCCGUAAAGAAAAUGUUUACGAUGUUUACUAUGGAGACACAAAAGCAACAGACACAGCAAAUGUCUCCUUUUGCUUCCUUGGGGGCCCCCCAUCAGGGGGCCCCCAACCAGGGGGGCCCCCAAGGGGCCCUCCAGGGGGCCCCCAGAGGAGGAGAGGGUGUGGGGCCCCCCUUGUAUUUUGUGUGCUCAAGACAGCUGGAGGUUUUGCUGCAGCAGAUAAUAUGGCUAGGUGCAGCAAUAAAAGCAGCAGCAGCAGGACCAGCAGCAGCAGGACCAGCAGCAGCAGGAACAGCAGCAGGAGCAGCAGCAGGAACAGCAGCAACAGGAGCAGCAGGAAGAAAGGGUAAAGGAGACAGUUUACUGCCUUUGCUGUCUCCUCAGGUGUCUCUGCUGCAGUGGUUGCUGUCUAACCCUCAGGAGUAUGUUUGCUGCUGCUGCAGCAGCAGCAGCAGCAGAUUGCUGCUGCACCUGUCUCCUGCUGCACUACAGAAGAGCUUACGCCGCCUGCAGCACUCAACAUACGUGAAGCAAGCAGCCUUGCUGCAGCAGCAGCAGCAGCAGCAGCAGCAGCUGUUGCUGCUGCAGCAAGUAGCAAGGCAGCAGCAAGAGUCUCCUGACGUCUCUUCUGUGCAGCAGCAGCAGGAAAUCUCCACACUAGCAGCAGCACUAUUCGCAGCGCAGCACAAGCAGCAGCAGCAGCAGCGACAGCAGCAACAGCAACAGCAGCAGCAGGUGCUGCUGCCGAUCCUCAACUCGCUGCAGCAGCUGCAUGCAUCGCUUGCUGCUGCUGCUGCUGCACAGAAUCCCCGUGGAGGUAAAGGAGACAUUCCUUUCCCCUCUCAGCAGUUUAAUAAAAAGAAGCAGCAGCGCAUGCAGCAGCGCAUGCAACAGCAGCAAGCAGCAGCAGCAGCAACAGCAGCAGCAGCAGCAGCAGAGGAGUCUCCUGCAGAUGCUCUUGCUGCCUACGGAGACGCCAUUGAGUCUCUAUGGCAGCAAACAUUGGAGACACUACUGCAGCAGCAGGAGUUGCUGCUGCACUGCAACAACAGCAGCACAAGGCAGCUACUGCUGCUGCUCACCAGCAGCAGCAGCAGCAGCAAAGACAACCAGCAUGAUAUGCCAGAAGAUGCAGCAGCAGCAGCAGCAGCAGCAACAGACACGACUGCAGCAGUCUCCUUACAGCCUGCUGCUGUCUCCUCUGCUGCUGCAGCAGAUUUCCUUUCGCUGCCAGUAGAGAAGGCCCAGUUCUCCUCCAGCAGCAGCAGCAGCAGCAGCAGCAGCAGCAGCAGCAGCAAAUGGCCGACAGAGGGGAUGCAGGUAGUAGAGAUAAGCGACAGCAGCGAGGAAGAAACUGCAGCAGCACAAUGCAGCAAUGAUGCUGCAUCUCCUGCUGCUGUUGCUGCUUCCUCUCCUGAACCUGCUGCUGCUGCUGCUGCUGCAGAUGCUGCAGCAGAACCAACAGCAGAAGAAGCAGCAGCAGAAGCAGCAGCAGCAGCAGCAGCAGCAGCAGCGUCUCCUUCAGACAUCUCGAGUGUCUCUUCAGAUACAGCAAGUGUCUAUUCAUGCGACGAGCAGCAGCAGCAGCAGCAGCAGCAGCAGCAGCAGCAGCAGCAGCAGCAGCAGCAGCGAGGGACAGCAAUUUAUGUGCUGCAGGCACCUGCAUUACUGUCUCCUUUGCUGCUGCUGCUGCUAGGGUAUGAUGCAGAGGCGCUGCUGCUGCAUCUGCCUGCUGCUGCAGUCCCUCUUUAUAGAAGACUUGCUGCUGCUGCAGCAACAGUGCAGCAGCAGCUGCAUCCCUCUCUAUGGGCGGGUCCCCUCUCGGGUGCUGCUGCAGCAAAGGCGCAGCAGCAGCAACAGCAGCAGCAGCAGCAGCAGCAGCAGGAAGAACGUAUGAAGAUUUGGACAAGGGGACUGUCUCUUGUUGCUGCUGGCUGUUUUGCUGCUGCUGCUGCAACAGCAGAUCGUGAAUUGUCUCCUGCUGCUGCUAGUGCUGCACCUAAGAGACACCAGACAGCAGCAGCAGCAGCAGCAGCAGCAGCAGCAGCAUGGUGCCGCUUCUUCCUCUCUGUUGGUAAAGCUGCGCUGCUCUCGUGGCAGCAAAGGUGUCUCCUUAGCUCCUCCUUUAAUUUGCUGCUGCAGUCCCUUUUCUUUUGUCCUUCUCUUCCUUCCCCUUAUUUGCUUCCUCUUGUUAUGCGUUUGUCUCCUUCUUGUCGUGAUGCUGCUGUCUCCUGUGUCUCUGCUGCUGUUGCUGCUGCUGCUGCAGCAGAAGCAACAGCAGCAACAGACAGCACCGCAGCAGCAGCAACAGCAGCAACACAGGAUCUGCUGCUGCUUAUUCCUCAUAUUAUCCGCUGCUGUCUUUUCCCCUUUGGCUACAGCCGUAUAUACACUGUCACCUGGAGUAGCAGCAGCAGCAGCAGCAACAGCAGCAGCAGCAGCAGCAGCAGGAAGGGAGUCCCUGAGGGUUUCCCUCUAUCCAUGGAGGCAUUUCCUGUGGCUGGCCAUGGGGGCCCUAGUGCAGCAGCAGCAGCAACAGCAGCAACAGCAGCAGCAGGAGGAGGACGAAAUAGUUUGUAUUCGUCUUUAGUUGCUUCUUCCCCUGCUGCUGCUGCUGCACCUGCAGAAGCAGCAGCAGCAGCAGAUGCAGCAGUUAGUUGGGGGCCCUCAGGUGUCUCCGCAGAUAAUCGUCUCCUAGCAGCAACACACUUCUCUCUUCCUCUUCUUAGUUGUCUGCUUAGGCAGCCAGCAGCAACUGUCUCCUUCCAGCAGCAGCAGCAGCAGCAGCAGGGGGAGGAGCAGCAGCAGCAGCAGCAACUGGAGCUAAAGAAACAGGUGUCUCCUAAGGAGACACCUGCUGCUGCUGCUGCUGCUGCUGCUGCUGCACUGUCUCUUCGUGUCUUAUUGAGUCUCCUUUUAGAGGCAGCAAAACCCUUCGAUCUUACCUACAAAUCUUACCCUGCUGCUGCAGCACAGCAGCAGCAGCAGCAGCAGCAGCAGCAACUGCAGCAGCAGCAACUGCAGUAUGAAUUAUCCUUUAGGGGCCCUUUAUGCCUAGAGCUGCUGCUGCAGGAAGCAACAACUCUCCUAUUAGGAGACAAUAAACAAAAGGAGGCACUUCUGCAUGCGCUGCAGCUGUCUCCUUUAGGGGGCCCCCCAGGGGGCCCCCUAAGGGCCCCCCCCGGGGGGCCCCCCUGCACACCUCAGAACCUCACAGCAGCAGGAGAAGUUCUGCUGCAGCUGACGUUGCCCCUUUGCAUGCAGGCCUGUGCGCCGCUCCAGCCAGCAGCAGCAGCAGCAGCAGCAGCAACAGCAGCAGCAGCAGGAGAUGACAAGAAAGGAGACAGUUAUAAAGAAAUGAUUGCUGCUGCAGCAAAGGCAGGAGGACAAGUUGCUGCAUCUGUUUCCUUCUUUUGCUGCUGCGCUCGCCAGCUGCUGCCUCCUCUCUCUGCUGCUGCUGCUGCAAUACCUGCUGCAGUACCUGCUGCAGCAGGGAUACAACAAAGAGACCCUUUGCUGCUGCAUGCAGCAGCAGCAGCAAGUAAUACCUGCUGUCUCCUUUCUUCUCCUCCUUCUUCCUUUGCCCUCGCACUGGAGUUUCUCUUUACCCACCUGGGGGCCCCAGGGGCCCCCUUCCUGGGGCCCCCCCAAGGGGCCCCCAAUGUGACCAGCAGCAGCAGCAGGAGCAGCAGCUUGCAAGCAGCAGCAGCAGCAGCAGCAGCAGUAGGCCUUUCCUUUAAGGAGACAGUUCUUUAUGAUGAGGGGCCCCUCUGUAUAUGCAGCAACUGUACGCUUUCUGCUCCUAAUAAAAAGGAGACACCUGGGGGGGCCCCUGGCAGCAAAGGAGACAGUUUCCUUGCUGCUGUUUGUGCUGUUGCUACAUUUGCUGCUGCACCGCAGCAGCAAACAGCAGCAGCAGCAGCAGCAGCAGCAAGUGCAUGCAGAAGCAGCAGCAGCAACUGCAGAUGCAAGGAAGGAGAAGAACAUUCCUUAGCUCAGCUUGCUGCCUUUGUUGUCCUCUGUUAUAAGGUACUACAAGACGUUGCUGCUGCGCUGCAGCAGCAGCAGCAGCAGCAGCAGGGACAGGGGGAUGAGGGAUCAUGGGGCCCGAAGUUUAUUCCUUCAGCACUGCGCCGAUGGUUCCUUAAGAACUGCAGCGGCAGCAGCAGCAGCGGCAGCAGCAGCAGCAGCAGCAACAGCAGCAGCAGCAGCAGCAGCAGCAGCAUGCGCCCUUCUUUGCUGCCAGCUAGUUGCUGCUCUCCUUAG